CUGAUGGUUGGUGUGGAGUAUCAGUCUCUGCCAAUUAUCUAACAGACUGCCUUUUAUAUGAAUAUACAAAAGGCAAGAGCCUACCAUAAAAAAGCUCCUCCAAGGCACCUUUGGCCAAGCCUUACGCUCAGACCACAGCAGGAAAGUCGCCAGAAAGGUCACAUUCACAUCUGGAGCCAUGUCCUCUUAUGCAGUGAUGAACAAGAACUGGAUGAUCCUCUCCUGGAUAAUGGUACAGUCUGAGACAGAUAAGUCUUUGGAGCCCAUGUACUUACUGUACCAGGGUUUGGCUAACCGGUACAGAAUUGCUGAGGUUGACAAGGCUAACUUCCAGUGGGUAGACAGGGACUGCUGUUCAGCCUUCAGGGUUGCAGAAUCGCUGCAAGUGGAACACCUUGACUGGAAUGCCUGGAAAACAACUGAAUCUAUUGUAGCCCAAGCCAUACAUGGCUAUCUACUGAACAGAUGUGCAUCAAGAACAAUGUACAACAGAAACAUUACCAUCAAACUGGAUCUGUUCCACUGUAUGAGGCAAAUUCUUCGAGAGUGUGUCUCUGAACAUCAUGCCCUUUACAGCUCUUUUUGCCAGUUCCUCUCUGCUGCAUUUUCUGUUGUGGAUCAGGAAGACCUGCAGCGACUCAAGGAUGCCUACACGUUAUGUGGAAUUCAUCCAGCAAAUCCCACCAAGCAACAUAUCCGUGAGCAUUGUAGGACAAAGAUACCACAGCCAGAUGAGCUGGUGAAGAGGGAUGAGGAAGUGUUCCAGCAUUUUUACCUAGCAAAGGAUCCAAAUGACAUAUACCUGUUCAAGCCAUCUAUGCUAAAAUCUUGGAGAAUUCAGCAAGUGCACAUCCUUCGGGGCUGCCUCAGUGAUCCCGAGCUUCCAGGUGGCAUACUGUACAGGUAUGGUGGGACUGUGAAGUUGAACCAUGUUCAGGGUGAGGGUGCCAAAGUUCCUGUCUGGAUCCCCAUCAGAGGAACAUCUCAGCAGGAGGGCUACCAUUUCCACCGGUCUCACUGAGUCAC